AUGUCAUCGGAGAAUAAAUCCGUCGGUGAAUCACAGUGUUUGUCACCCAGUUUCAUAGACGAUUUGAAUCCAUCCAAAGAUAUGUGGACUAUCAAGUGUCGAAUCAUCCGCAAAUGGAUUCAGCCCUUUCGGAUGGAUCUCGUGUUGAUCGAUGAGAAGUGUUUAUACAGAGAUGAUUCUCUAAUCCCCAUGAUUUUGGGUUUGUUUUUUAUUUCUAAGCUUCUUGGUUGUGGUCGUAAAAUUCAAGCAGGUAUUAAGGCUCCAUUGAUACCUGUGUUUAUCUCUCAACUCCAUGAGGAUGAGGUUGUUAUUCUAUCCAGAUUUGGUGUUGGAGAAAACAAUGAUACCUACAAAGUUGUUAAUCAUGGUUACAAGAUUAACUUUUACCGUUGUACGGUUGUUACACGUGCCAGUGGUUGGGAAGGGGUUGAUUAUGGAUUUAACUUCAUGGCACAUUCAGAAAUUCUUAAAGGAGAGGGAAAGAAUCUGGUCACUGUUGAUGUUGCUGGAAUUGUUGUGUCGUGUGGAGAUAUGGAAGUCUUUCCGAAUGAAAGAAAAAGGAUGAACUUUGAUCUUCAAGAUGUGCAGGGAGAAGUAGUUCGUUGUACUUUGUGGAAUGGAUAUGCACAACAAUUUAAUGAUUUCUUGACGCAAAACAAUCCGAUUGAGAAUGUCAUGGUUGUCAUUCAGCAUACGAAGAUUAAGCUGUGGCAGGGUAAUUUACAUUUGACUGAUUCAUUUACUUUAGUGACAAUAUACGUUCAGAAUGAUAAGUUUGGAACUCGACUGUUUCUCAACGAAGAAAUUCAUGAGUUUAAUGAACUUCGUAGGAGGCUUUUAGUGAAACACUUUGAAGCUGGUGCUUCUUCUUCUCAAACCAUUCUUUCAUCUCAGAGUGUAUUUCCAGUCCGUCAAGAAUUUCUAAUUGAUACUCCUAAGAAACAUGUUGAUGAAAUAAUUGAGAUUGAAAGCGUAAUGUCAUGUGUGGUAGUUGCAACGAUCAAAAUUGUUCAAAAAACUAUGGGUGGUUUUAUCCGGCAUGUCGAAACUGUAACAAGAAGGUUCAAGGUACAUUUGAGAGUCCAAGAUGAAACUGGUAGUAUCUCUUUCGUGAUGUUUGAUAAAGAUGUAACGAAGCUCAUUGGUUCAACUGCGAGUGAUAUAAGGGAACGCCAAGUGAAGGCCAAUGAUACUGAGAGUUUUCCACAUGAAAUAUCUCGGUUGGUUGAAAAAAAGUUGGCUUUUAAAAUUGAAGUUUCUGAUUACAACCUUAACCAUGAGUAUCAUGUUUACACUAUCCAAAAAUUAUGUGAUGAUCCGGACAUACUUGCUGAGUUGGUUGCUGGUAAUGGUAAUGGUCUUGAGGUUGUUGAUGAGGUGUUUAGUCAAGAAGGUUCAGAAAUCAAAGUUGAGAGAUUAUCUGAGUCCUCACAGAUGGCUGGUGCUGCUAUUUCAAAGGUUGUUGUAUCUGUUACCGCCGACUCUUCUGUUGUCGAAGCCGAGAAGGAUUCGGGCACCAGUCCGAAUGGUAAACGUUCGUUGCAGGAUGUGGAAGGUCAAAAUAUUGGGGAACUGUCUUCUAGCAGCAAAAAUAAUCGGAAGAGGUCAUCUAGGGUUAAAACCUAG